CAUACCGGUGCCUUUCUUCUUAUUGGCGGAGAAAACAAUUAUUUAAGACGCGGGCGGGGGUCGGGGAAGGAGCGCUCACAUUCGCACCUGUAAGGAGGCGGCGCCUGCGCAGUCAAGGCCCUCCCUCUUGGCGCGGCUCGUCGGUUCGCCUGAGGAGAAAAUGGCGGCUGUUGUGGCGGCGUCGGUGGCGGUUCCCGAAAGCGGCGCCAAAAUGGCGGACGCCGGAGUGGUCGCCAUGGCCGGCGGAGGAGUCGGGGGGAUGACGGCGGGGGCGGCCAACGGGGCUGGCAACGGCAUUGGCGACGGAGUUCCGAAGAGUGAAGGAGAUCGGUCAAGCCAGAGUGAGAAAAGAAAGGAAAAAAAUGCCAAGCGGGGAGGGAGCAGUCGUUUUGAGCCCUAUGCCAGCCCUUCAAAAAGAUACCGAGCCUUCAUUACCAACAUUCCCUUUGAUGUGAAGUGGCAGUAUCUCAAAGAUCUGGUGAAAGAGAAAGUUGGUGAGGUAACAUACGUGGAACUCUUAAUGGACGCUGAAGGAAAGUCAAGGGUAAGUCUUUGAGAGCAUUUCUUCC